AUGCCCGAAAAUCCCAUGAAUCUUAUCAGUGCCACCAAACUUCCCGCCAAGCUUCCCAAUCGCCGUGUCAACAGCAUCAACUUUCUCGUCAAGCGGAUCACUGAUGACACUCUUAAACUUAGUUUCAAGCCCAUCCGUCAGCUUCUUAAUUGUGCCCUGAGUACCAGCAACACCAUCCAGCGUACUCCUCGCCCCCUGAAGCGCCUCCAACUCAGCUUUAAUAAGACUACUCUCCAUCUCGUUCUUAAGCCUCUCAAUCUUCUCCUUCAAACUCCCCAAAUCUCUUAUCACUUUCUGAUCCAACUUAUUAACUUCCAAACUCGUAAUCACUUCCGUAAUCCCUUCCUUAAUCUUCUCCUUAACACUCCUCAAAUCCUUCUUAAGACUUUCGUCCAUUAA